UACUGCGCAGCAGCGCCAUUCUCUGUGCUAAGAUGGCGGCUAAGAGGGCGCUGCUGAUUUUGGCCAAAGGCGCCGAGGAGAUAGAAGUGGUAGUUCCUACCGAUUUGAUGCGCCGAGCUGGGAUAACGGUAACAGUUGCUGGACUGGCUGGCAGCGGAUCAGUAACCUGCAGCCGCGAUGUGGUCAUUUGCCCUGACACCAGCCUAGAAGAUGCAGUCAAACAGUGCCCAUAUGAUGCAGUUGUUCUACCCGGAGGGAAUCUUGGAAGCCAGAAUUUAGCAGAGUCACCUGCUGUAAAAGAGGUGUUGAAGGCCCAGGCAGAUGGGAAGCGUUUGAUUGCUGCUAUCUGUGCAGGCCCCACAGCUCUACGGGCUCACGGGAUAGGUUAUGGGCGCAAAGUCACAACCCAUCCCCUGGCUAAGGACAAAAUGAUGGAUGGAGGUAACUAUUCCUACUCAGAGGCUCGUGUGGAGGUAGAUGGGAACAUCAUCACCAGCAGAGGGCCAGGCACCAGCUUUGAAUUUGGCCUUGCAAUUAUUGAAGCACUUCUGGGAAAAGAGGUGGCUGAGAAGGUCAGAACCCCCUUGGUUCUGUGAAAUUGCCAUCCUUGGAACGCUGCGUGGUUAGGGGAUGGUUAGAGGGAUUGGUUGAAAUGAUUGUUUUGAAGCUAGAAAGUCCCCUGUGCAUAAUUAGAAAUAAUGAAUUAAACUAAUGUCUUUAAAACUGUCAAAAUUUAAUGUUGCCAUGCAGCAGGGCUACAGAAUACAGAAUUAAAAACCUGACAGUAUCCAAUGGUGUUUAGAAAAAAAACUGCACUUGAAUUUUUGUUCAAUUGUUUUGUUAUGUGAAUCAAAUAACAGAGGCAUAAAUUAAUUUGAAUUUUUGCUUUUUAUAUUUGAACAAGUCAAAGUCCGUGAAUCUGCUGGGUAUGCUGCUUUUUCCAUGCAUCUUCUAAACACCAGUUUUGCUUUCUGUAUUUGAGUACUUCACAGAGUUGCACUGUUAUGUAUUUGGGAGUCAGCUUUUCAUUUCUGAUUGGCUUCUUGUUCAUUUGAGAAAUGUUUUGCUUAAUCUUUCAACUGAUAAAUCAAGUAUUUUCUUUCGCACAUUGUUUGGGUAACUUAUAUCAUAUCCCGGGUUAUAUAAAAAAAUUAUUGAUGCUUGUGAAUGCUUAUUGGAUGUUAAGUGGAAAGUGUAGGAUUAGUUAAAAUGCCACAAAUUAUUAGGCUUUAGAAUCCCCACUUGGUUAGCUUGACCUGAAAGCUUUGAAUAGACACUAAGCAGCAAUAAUUAAACAUUCACUGCCUAGUAAUUUGGCUGUUUAAAUACCAAAAAUUUGUGGUGCAGUACUCGUAGCUUUACUUAUUGCAAGAAAUAAAAAUUGAUCAGUGAUACCAUCUGUGUUUAUAUUUAUUUUACCUGGAAUAUCAAAUUGAUAUCAAAUUAUCUCAUGACAAAACCAGUAGUUAUCUUUACAACCAAGUAAGCAUUAAGUUUCAGUGUUGGGAAUAUUAUCUAAAGAUACAAUGACAUAGCAGUUCUUGGGUAUGUUACUGGAAUGGUCACUUUUGCCAGAGUCAUCUACCAAAUUAAAUAUUAAAAACACUACAUAUUUGAAAAUUAUCUGAUCCUACGUAUAUUGUGGUAGACUUUAGAUGGGGCUAAAACUGUCUUCCUGUGUUUUAGGGAUAUAUAUUAUAAUCAGUUCUGCAGGAAUUAGAAAAUUGUGUUUUGUGAAUGAAUGUGUUGAACCUUCUCAUUUUGAUUCCACUUCCUGGUUGCUUUAUUUCACUGAGUUUGGAUCCCUAGCUAUCACUGGGGUUUGGUUUGAUUUCUCUGAUUUUUGCCUCCUUUUUCUUGAAACCUUUACAGAAACAGGAUUCUGCUUUCCAGCCCCU